UCCACAAGGCAUAAUCCCGCAGACCAUGCCACUCGCUCUGUACCAGCAGCCUCGCUGACCUCCACAACAUGGCUCACAGGACCAGCUUUCCUGUCAAAGGUUGAGGAACUAUCUCCGAAAGAGGAGAGGUUUGACCUCACAGCGAUUCUCUUCAUGGAGGACAUUACUGAGAGCCAUGACUUCUCUCAUACACAUUGUCCAGUCAUACAAGACGACAGAGAAUCAGAAGACAUCCUGCAGAUCAUGGCACCACUGUAGAAGUUUACGCACAGUCGAAGAACUUUCGCAAACAGAAGCAGUUAUCAUCAAGAGUGUGCAGCAGGAAGCAUUCAAAGAGGAGCUUGACUGUAUUGCAAAAGGAAAAGACAUGCCAAGGAACAGUCCUCUGAGAAAACUAAACCCUUAUCAGGAUGAUGAGGGCCUUCUCAGGAUAGGGGGUCGCCUUAAACACUCUGUCUUGGAGUUCAAAGAGAAGUUUCCUGUGAUCGUUCCAGGGAGCAGUCACGUUGCAAAACUUCUCGUGGAUCACUACCACAGUUGAGUCAGUCAUCAGGGCCGCAUACUUACAGAAGCUGCUGUUCGCUCUGCAGGCUACUGGAUUGUAGGUGUUAGGAGGCUUAUCACAAAUGUGUAACAUGCAAAAAGCUUUGUGGGAAAGUUACUGAACAGAAGAUGGUCGUCUGAUCGUCUUAGCACUGAACCACCAAUCAUGUAUGUCGGCCUGAAUUUGUUUGGCCCGUGGACAGUGGUUGCCAGAUGUACGCUAGGAGGACAAGCUUCAAGCAAGAGAUGGGCUGUUCUCUUCACUUGCUUGAGUACUCAUGCUGUACACAUCGAAUUGAUUGACUGCAUGGACUCCUCCACCUUUAUAAAUGCCUUGAGAAGAUUCUUUGCUCUGCGGGGCCCUGCGAAGCAGAUUCGCUCAGACUGCAGGACCAACUUUGUAUGGGCUUGUAAAGAUUUGGAGAUCAUACUGACUGAACCUCAUGCAUCCAAUGUGAAGAGGCACCUUAGUGAAAAAGGUUGUUCAUGGGUCUUUAAUCCGCCUCAUGCGUCCCACAUGGGAGGGGCCUGGAAGCGGAUGAUAGGUGUCGCCAGACGCAUACUGGACUCUAUGUUGCAGCAGACCAGUCCUUCUCGCUUGACGCAUGAUGUGUUGUUUACCUUCAUGGCAGAGGUCACAGGAAUCAUUAACUCCAGACCCCUUACCCCUAUCUUGACUGACCCAGACUCACCUUUCUUGUUGACACCAGCAAUGCUGCUUACUCAAAGGGCCUGCACCCUACUUCCACCUCCAGGAGACUUCAAGGAAUCAGACAUCCAUAGACAACAGUGGAGACAGGUGCAACACCUUGCCAACACCUUCUGGAGCAGAUGGAAACAUGAAUAUCUAGCAACACUCCAGAGCCGCAGCAAAUGGCAAGAAGAACGUCCAAACUUGAAAGAAGGUCAUAUUGUCCUACUCAAGGAUGCCCAAGCUAAACGCAAUGACUGGCCCAUGGCUCUUGUAAGGCCAUUGCUUGCAGUGACGGAAAAGUCAGAAAGGUAGAACUCAGAGUUUCAAGACAUGGGACAAUCAAGUCAUUCCUCAGACAUGUUUCAGAAACUGUGCUUCUGAUGUCUACAAAAGACUAAGAGUUUCCUGUGGACAUUCUUCAUCUUUAGGUUGUUAGGUAAAAUAGUGGUAUCUAUCCAAUACCAGGGGAGUGUCAUGGCACAUAUAAUGUGGCUAUUAUUUGGUGCAUAAUUGCGGCACCUAGUGGUGCUUUUUUGUAUAACAAUUAAGCUGAAGGUAUUUUUCCAUUGGUUAAUUCAGAACAUGUGAUUCUGAGGGUAAAGGUUAGCUAGAAAGAGCCAGAAGUAGGCAGAAAAUCUCCAUGAGGCUAGACAAAGAGCUUCUCCUCUUUUUUCCUUCUUGUUGUGCCUGGGACAGCCUUUGCUUUUUACAAAACAAAGAACCAGGGAAUGAACAAAAUUCUAACCAAAGAAAGGAGAGAAAAUAUUUAAGUAAAACACUUAAAUUACAUCCCUGUGUUCGUCUUUCUCUGUAUUCUGUGUGUUAGCUAUCUGUCAUUGAUGUGUAGAGGGAACACACAUUACGGACAGAAUAAAAGCAAUGGAAGUAAUUCGAGAGUAGUGAAGCAAAUCUAGUCCCUGCCUUUAAUCACUGAGAUUAAAUA